AGCGCGCGCCACUCACUCUUUGCCGCGCGCAGGAGAAAGAGCUCGAGCGCAGCUGCGCCUCCGCCUCAGCUCAGUUUUAAACGGGAUGCCUGCAGCUGCCUCUUCACUGCCGCCUGCUCGCGUUUACUCUCCGGAAAAGUAGCUUAUAGAGAAGAACACCACUGAGAAGCCCUCAUGCUUAUCCGGAGACACUUCCAAUGCACUCCUGAAUGCCCAGGACAUAUAUAGAAAAAACAUUUUUUUCCCCCCCUUAUUGGAUAUGAAUUGGUUUGUGUUGUCUCUGUCCUCAGCUCUGCGUGAUAUGUGCUUCACGUGUUCGCGCGCCACAGUGAGGUAGCUCAGUCCAAUCAGCUCGUAAUGCACAUUUGAUCCGGUGUGUGUAGCCUGCAUGCCAGGGCUCUGGAGGUGGAUGUGAACUGCUCUGGGUGGAUAUGUAUUCUCUCAGUUCAUUUUCCAAGUGGAGUGUUUGGAUUGUGCAUCAUCUCACGAUGCUCCUCGUGCCUAUCCUCUGGUUGGCGUCGCAGGCUCGCGCUGCUCCAUCUCUCACAACCGAGCAGAUGGAUAUGGGGGUGGAUUGGCUGAGUAAGUUCGGAUACCUCCCACCCGCUGACCCUGUGACCGGCCAACUGCAGACCAAGGAGGCCCUGACCAAGGCGAUUAAAGCCAUGCAGCGAUUCGGAGGCCUGGAGGAGACCGGAGUGUUUGACCAGGCCACCCUAGGUUUAAUGAAGACACCACGCUGUUCGCUGCCAGACAUGUCCGAGCCGGAGACAACGGCUGGCAGGAGAAGACGAGCGCUGGCACCUCAGAAAAAAUGGUCCAAGAGACACCUGUCCUGGAGGGUGCGGACAUUUCCCAAGGAGUCGGCCGUGCUCGGGAGGGAAACGGUUCGAGCCCUGAUGUACUACGCGCUGAAGGUGUGGAGUGAUAUCACGCCACUCAACUUCCAUGAAGUGGCGGGCAACAAGGCAGACAUCCAGAUCGACUUCACCAAAGCAGACCACAAUGACGGCUACCCUUUCGACGGGCCUGGUGGUACUGUAGCCCACGCCUUCUUCCCAGGAGAACGCUUCACUGCAGGAGAUACACACUUUGAUGAUGAUGAGGCUUGGACUUUCAGGUCUCCAGAUUCCCAUGGCAUGGACCUGUUUGCUGUGGCAGUACAUGAGUUUGGCCACGCCAUAGGACUCGCACAUACGUCUGCUAUGGAGUCCAUCAUGCGUCCGUACUACCAGGGGCCGGUGGGAGACCCGCUCAAGUACGACCUCCCUUAUGAAGACAAGGUCCGAGUCUGGCAGCUUUAUGGUGUACGGGACUCGGUCUCACACACGGCUCGUCCAGAUGGUGUGUCUCAUACCGAUGAUCCACCUGUUCUAAUGGACCUGCCAGAAAACAAAUCCACAGUGCCGCCAGCACGCGAUGCCCCUGACAGAUGCACUAGUCACUUUGAUGCAGUGGCUCAAAUCCGAGGGGAGGCCUUCUUUUUCAAAGGGAAAUAUUUUUGGCGACUGACUCGGGAUAGGCACCUGGUGUCGUUGAGGCCGACUCAGAUCCAUCGCUUCUGGAGAGGUCUGCCUGCUAACCUGGAUAGCAUCGAUGCUGUGUAUGAGAGACCCGGAGACCAUAAGAUCGUCUUUUUUAAAGGAGUGAAGUACUGGGUAUUCAAGGACAACAUUGUGGAGGAAGGCUACCCACGCUCCGUCAGUGAUUUCGGCCUGCCCAUGGAGGGCGUAGACGCUGUCUUCGUCUGGCUACAUAACGACAAGACGUACUUCUUUAAAGACAACCAUUACUGGCGCUAUGACGAUCAUCUGCGGCAUAUGGACCAGGGCUACCCAAAAGAAACAACGUUAUGGAAAGGGAUUCCGUCUCAGCUAGAUGACGCCAUGCGCUGGUCUGACAGUGCCUCAUACUUCUUCAAGGGUAAGGAGUACUGGCGAGUGGCGGGCAGUGAUAUGGAGGUGGAGGCAGGGUAUCCGCGCCCCAUCGGCAUUGACUGGCUGGUCUGCAAGGACAUGCAGUCCGACGCUCCUGAGACAAGGAAUAACGAGACAGGCUCGCAGCUCACCGGACAGCACCACGUGGACCACGCCGAGAACGGCUAUGAGGUGUGUUCCUGUACCUCAGACUCGGGCUCGUCCUCUGGCCCACGCCUGCAGCUCGCACCUGCCUGGCCGCUGGUAGCCUUCUUAAUACUGACACACACCCUCAUGUGUGGCACACUCUGAUGACGGGGACACCACAGGCCUGCACUGGCAUGGACACGGACACUGAGAGUGCGUAUGCAGGGGCUUGUGGGAAGGACAGCAGAGGGCAAACUUAUACUCCAAUCAGUGAUGCUUUGGCAAACUUACACUCCAGUCAGUGAUCAUUGCUUAUAUCUGGCUUUUUUAAAAAUCUAAACUGGAAAUGUGUAAUUAUUAUUAUUAUUAUUAUUAUUAUUAUUAUUAUUAUUAUAACUGCAUUGAAGUUCUUUUGUGUGCCUCAACACAGGUUCAUUUCAAGUACUUUGUGGAAUCCAUGUCAAGUAUUAUCUGCUUUUUUUCCCUCAUGCAGUGAUCAGGAUAUGCAGCAUUUAAAGAGAGGAAAAAGAAAGAAAGUUAAUCUGUAUUUUCCAGACUAAAAAGUCACAUCGGUUUUAUAUCAUGCACCACCCAUAAUUAUGUCUCCUUAAAAAGAAAUUAAUGUAUAUGUUGUGUUAUUUUGUUUUAUGCAAUGUUUAUUAAAGUUGAGAACCUG